GCGGAAGCGGCGGAGGGGAAGAUGGCGGCGCCGGGGGAGCCGGGCGGGGAGGCGGCGUUCGCGCGGCGCAUCGACCCGGUGCGGGAGCCGGGGCUCAGCCCCGAGCAGCGUCUUUUCAUGGCGCAGGUGGAGCGCGCCCAGCGCCAGCGGGCUCUGCAGCGGCGGCUCCGCAGCCGCAACGCGCUGCUGGCGCUCGGCAUCGGCGCGGUGACGUUUGGCAUCUAUGGCUACACCUUCUACUCGGUGUCGCAGGAACGGUUCCUGGACGAGCUGGAGCAGGAGGCAGAGGCGGCGCGGGCGCGGGCCCAGGCACGGGCUGAGAGCGCAGCAAGCUGAGUGCGGAGGGCCCGGCCCAGCCCCGGUAAACCCCGUGAGUGCGCUGCAACCCCUGCGGGGCAGGACGGGCCUCGAGCACAGGGGAUGCGCCUGGCCCUGAGCACGGGGCACCUGCCUUUACGGGGGUCUGGGCCUGCACGGCGCUCAGUGCACUGGAGUGGCUCCCCUGCAGGCAGGGCU